AUGAAUACCGAUAAUGACGACGUUAUAAAUAACUCAACAAGCGACGAGGACUCAAACACAAAUAGUUAUGCCGAUACUGACGAAGAUUUCUUGCCAGGAGAUGAUAAAGAAUCAACAACAACACUUCGGAAAGCCCUUGAUCAUCUACUAGAUCUAUGCGGAAACAAAUAUCGAACGUGGGUGACUCAAGACUAUCAAGCACUGGUAGGACAAACUCGCCUCAACUAUCUAUGUCGGGGUCGUUCAAUUAUCAGAACUGUGAUGAACAUCAUGGCUCCGAAUGAUGCUAAUCAGCUGGAAAUAGAUUUGUUUGAUCAUCAAGGUGACAAGAAUGUAGUCAAACUCGAUGGUCAUUUCCUUUCUGUCAUGCAAGGCGUCACCGAAGCCUACAAUAAUGCCGAAUCGUGGACAACACGUCGUGAAAUUUUAUCGAUCAUAGCACCCAAAAUCAAUUUGAAACUCAUUCAAUCGUUUAUACCUGGCCUCACUUUGGGCCGCUUUACAGCUGCUCGCAGACACACAACUGAAUUUGGUUAUGGCGCUUCCAUUGAUAAGUCACCCGUCAUGGUCCAACGCUUUGACUACGACCAGGUCGAGCAUUUUAUCGAUUUUAUCACGUCCGAACACGUUUGUACGGAUCUUCCAUUUGGAGAAAAAUGUCUGAAACAAUCAAAUGGAGAAGAACUCUAUGUACCCAAUACUAUUAGAAACAUGAUUCCGACCCGCAUUAUCCAGCAGUAUUACAUCUAUUGUCAGGAAAGUUCGCUGGGCUUCUGUCCGUUAGGACGGAGCAGUCUAUAUUCGUUACUCGACGUUUGUAAAGCAUCAACUCGCAAAUCUUUGCAAGGAAUAAAUUACUUUGCUGCUGAUGCCGGUGAAGCGUUUGAUUCAAUUGAAGAAUUGAUCAGUGAACUUCACCUUGACAUAACGAAACAUCGUCGCGUUCUUGAGAAUUUGAAGCGAGGUCGCCAAUAUUUAAAAUCUGAUUACAAGGUACAUGUGACAAAAUCAUCCACAAUAGCAGACCAUUGUGCCACUUUUGCGCUGUCGGACAAGUUAGACAAGGACUUUCAACAGAUGUGCGAUCAUGAACAUAACGACACAUGUGAUGAAUGUGACAUUCUUCAACCUACUUUCGACGAGAUCAAACAUGACAUUGGCAAUUCUACCGCUGAUACGCAAUUAUCAGCUCGACUACUUGCUAAGUUUAUGUCACAUGAAGAAGCAAUUAAUGUCUGGAAGUCACAUCUGCUGCGUGCAAUUAAUCAAGAUCUAUGUCGGGAAGAAAUACUUUCGACAUUAGCCGAUGACUCAGUGUACAUUCACAUGGACUGGGCCAUGAAGUGGCUUCCAGAGAACUGGCACAUCAGUGUGGUUGCACGUAAGAAUGAACAAUCGGCUAAAGAUCCAGACGAGACUAUCAGUGAGGAGAAUUCAGUCGAAGACGAAAAUACAUACAGCUACUUGAUUAUCGUACAUGUAUUCGAUCACUGCAUACAAGACAGUGAAGCAGUCAUAGCCAUCUUACGUGAUGUCCUUCUUCGUAUUAAACAAGUCGAUGAUACUGUAAAAGACGCUUAUAUUCGCUCUGACAACGCUGGUUGCUAUCAUUCGGCACAAACCAUCUUCUCACUACCUCUAAUAUCAAAUGAAAGCAAAAUCCGAAUUCGUCGAAUCGACUUCUGUGAUCCUCAGGGAGGUAAAGGUGCUUGUGAUCGAUAUGCAGCCGUCAUCAAGUCGCAUGUGCGUCGCUUCCUCGAUGAAAAGCACAACGUAACUACUGCAGCCGAAUUCGUUGAAGCAAUCUACUCAAAUGAAGGCGUUCAAGGAGUUUGCGCGUACGAAGCCCGAUUGGACCAGCUAAUCCUAGGUCCUCCAUCGCAACUUGCUAAGAUUAGUCUCUUCCAUAAUUUCUCCUUCGAACCGCACGGUGUUCGCGUGCAUCGCUCAUGGAAAGUUGGCGAUGGUAAAUUUCUUCCAUUUUCGAAGAUUGAACCUCCAGACAAUAUUAGCACAAUUUUAUGCAGUGAUACGCCAAAACACAAAGCCGUUUCAUUUACAAAAACGCAAUCCAAGAAAAAACAACACUACUCAUCAAAACAAUCAACUGACAUUCCUAACAACACUUUCGUAAGUCGUCUUUUCGAUUGCUAUGAAGAAGGAUGCAUCAAGAAAUUCUUGAAUCCUGGAAAUCUCGUCAGCCAUCUGGUUGUUGGAAAACAUCAGCGUCUACCAGAACGCACUUCAUUACGAGAUACUGGAAUGCAGAUUUACGCGUCGAAGCUCGAAAGAGUCGGUCAGAGAGAGCUAGUAUCCGUUGCUCUUCAAAACACCACCACAACAGCCAACCGACAUGCAAUUAGGCAAAACUUAAGCAACGGUUGGGCACUUCCAAAAAUCCGAAAAGUUACACGACUUACUUCGAAACAAAUUGAAUAUUUGACCAAUAAAUUCAACGACGGUAUAAAGAACAACAUCCGAUGGAAACCCGAAACUGUGGCCGCUGAAAUGGAGUGCCUCAAAGAAAAGGGUGCAUUUGUUUUUGCUGAGAAGGAAUUCCUCAAAGCCAGUCAAAUUCGAAGUUACUUUUCCAGACUCAAAUCGAAUCGUCAGAAGCUUAAUGUCGAAGAUUUCAUCGAUGAGGAUGCGGAGCGCAUUCAAAGACGAGCAAGCUAUCGAUGA